AUGGAAGAACUCUUCAAGGCUGCGCCCGAACCACCCACCCCGCUGGGCCGGUACCGCGUGCUGGCGCCGACGGCAGGCAUCCGGGUCUCGCCACUGCAGCUGGGAGCGAUGUCGAUCGGGGACGCAUGGAACAAAUUCAUGGGCAGCAUGAACAAGGGUCAGUCGUUCCAGCUGCUAGAUGCAUUCGUGGCAGCGGGCGGCAACUUCAUCGACACGGCCAACAACUACCAGAACGAGCAGUCCGAGACCUGGCUGGGCGAGUGGAUGGCCGCCCGCCAGAACCGCGAGCAGCUGGUGCUGGCCACCAAGUUCACCACGGACUAUCGAUCCCACGCGCUGGGCAAGGGCAACGCGCCCAACGCCUGCGGCAACCACAAGCGCAGCAUGGUGCUGAGUCUGCGCGACUCGCUGCGCAAGCUCCAGACCGACUUCGUUGACAUCCUCUACCUGCACUGGUGGGACCAUACCACCUCCAUCGAGGAGGUCAUGGAUGCCCUGCACCUGCUCGUCGAGCAGGGCAAGGUCCUCUAUCUCGGCGUCUCUGAUACCCCCGCCUGGAUCGUCGCCGCCGCCAACACCUACGCCCGCGCCCACGGCAAAACCCCCUUCUCUAUCUACCAGGGCCGCUGGAAUGUCAUGCGCCGCGACUUCGAGCGCGACAUCCUGCCCAUGGCCCGCCACUUCGGCAUGGCGCUCGCCCCCUGGGACGUCCUGGGUAGCGGCCAUUUCCAGACCGCCAAGCAGCUGGAAGACCGCAAGAGCCGUGGCGAAGGGCUGCGCAGCAUGAUGGGCGCCGAGCAGACCGACGAAGAGCGCUGCGUCUCGGAGGCUCUGGCUGCCGUCGCUGCCGAGCAUGGCGUCGAGUCCAUCACUACCAUUGCCCUCGCUUAUGUGCUCUGCAAGGCUCCCAAUGUCUUCCCGUUGGUGGGUGGCCGCAAGAUCGAGCACCUCCACGAUAACAUCAAGGCCCUGUCGAUCCGCCUUACCCAGAAGCAGAUCGACUUCCUCGAAUCGGCUACUUCCUUCGACGUCGGCUUCCCUUCGAACUUCAUUGGCCCCGACCCCAAGGUCACUGGUAGUCCCGGCACGUUGUUGACGCAGACAGCUGGCAAGAUCGACUACGUGCAGUCGGCGCGGGCUAUUGGCUAUGAGCCGGAGAAAUGA